ACAUGAGGAAUCCGCGUGUGUGCAGCAAGGAGUACAGAAAACUAGAGCAUAUGAGUGAGUGUUUCGGUGGCGGGCGGGGCUGUGACACACCACGACGGUGGCUGAAUCCGAACUUUAGUUGUUGUUGUUGUUGUUGUUGUUAUUCGAAUGUUGUGCGCCGUAAGUCAAGCAGAUUGGCGAAGUUGUGAUGAAGGCCAUCACCACACUUUCAUGAACCCAAACAGAGAAUGGAAGAAGAAUCUGUCAGUGACUGGACAAGAUGGCAUGAUCCCCACGGAAGCUGGCACCCAGGGUUCAUAUGGGGAUACGAUUUUGGCCUACAGACCCACUGGACUGCGCUGCUUUUCCUCUGGAUUAGCAGACACUGUCUUUUCGGUGGUCGUCGUGGUGGUUGGGAUUAUGCGUGGAUGCGGUUUCUUAGUAACCUGAAAGGUGAUGAGUGCCCAGUAGUGUGGAGUGUUGAAAUAAAAAUUCACUAAAUAAAUGGUGUAACAAGCUUUUGUGUAUUUUCGGGGUUGGUGUAGCUUAUGAGAUUUCGAAGAAGGUCUUUGAAUUCUUGGACAGAGGCCGCAGAUCUAAGCCGAUCCCCUAGCUAUGAGGCUUGCUCCGAAGGAGCUUCAGCGAGGUGCUCGUGUGCCGGAUCUGCUGGGGUCGAUGCCAUUCUUGCAGCGGCUUCCGAAUGCAUCAUUUCUGCAGAUUGUUGAAGAUGCCCAACUCAGGCAUUUCGGGGCAGGCGAGACGAUAAUAAAAGAAGACGAACCUGGUGAAGGAUUGUACAUAAUCUGGAAGGGCGAGGCUGAAACUUUAAGGAAAGUAGAUAAUCCUUGCAAUUUGUCAAACGUUCCAGCAGUCCUGAGGAAAGGCGAUCACUUUGGACGGGUUCUCACUGGAUCAGAGGAACAACUCCACAGCAAUGAUAUAAUUGCGCGAUCAGAGGUUACUUGUAUCCUUAUCAAACAUGAGAAAGCCCACCUGCUUUCUCCGGCAUCAACAUGGAGACAUGAGCCCGGAGACUUGUCUAUAGUGGAACGUCUACUACAGCUGAAAUUCAUUAGGGAAGACGUAUUUCGUGUCGAUCCUACGCCUGAGGCGCCCGUAUUCUGGAGCCUAUAUGGAGGUUAUAUGGUAGGCCUGGCUUUAGGAGCUGCGUGCAAGACAGUCAAUCCCGCACUCGAUGUUCACAGCCUUCAUGCGUAUUUUGUCCUCAGUGGAAUCUCUUCUUUGCCUAUUACAUUCAAGGUGGAGAGGAUUAGAGAUGGUCAUAACGUCGCAACACGACAUGUUCAAGCAAUACAGAGAGAAAAAGUAUGUUAUGUUAUGUACGCAUCUUUCCAGAGAGCCGGAGAUGGACUUGAGUAUCAGUAUCCAAUGCCGAAAGCUCCUCCUCCUGAUGAGCUCCCUACUUACCAGGAAUUGUUGGGGCCGCUCUGUACUGAUCCCCGUCUAUCUAAAUAUAAACAGGAGGCAACUAUUAGUUGCUUGGAAAUGGGCCAAUCUUUGGACCUGAGAUAUGUAAAUCGUCGGAACAUAUACAGUUCUGAACCCGAAGAGCCUCGACAAAGACUGUGGGUGCGGACAAACGGGAAACUUGGCGAUGAUCCGGCCCUACAUCGGAGUGCAGCUGGGUAUGCCUUCGACUGGUCUUUGCUGGAGACUGCACUGAAGCCUCACAACAAGCUGUUGAAUCAAAGCCCCUUCUUUGGCUACAGCAUUGAUCACUCAAUCUGGUUUCACCGCCCCUUCCGAACAGACGAGUACCUUCUUUUCGCGAUGGACAGCCACCGCGCGUGUGACUCACGCGCAUUAUGUUUUGGCCGAGUUUACACACAAAGUGGCGAGGUACAGUCAUUUCCACGAAGCUCCAAGCUUGAUUUACGUCUCUGACCUGGAAGCUGAAAAUCGAGACGAAUCCAUGUUUUCAGGGAGCCCAUUUUGACCACUGUUGCAAUGUGUGUGGGGUGGGGGGGUGUGGCAGCUCGUUGCUUCGAUCGCUCAAGAAGGAAGAAUUCAGCUUCUCCCUCCGCCAAAAGUAACCACCCCUGCUUCCAAGCUGUAGCUUAUUGAUCCAACUACACUACGUGUGUGCUUUGUAUACUGGAGCCGAUUCAUUCUAUGUAGGAAACAAGCAUGUGGACCUCUCACUAUUCUAGAGCAUUGAAAUGAACCCCAUAUUCUCUAAAUUCAGUUCUACUUCUAGUUUUCCUCCCCCCUUGUCAACAAGUGUGACAGUAUUGGGACACCCAGCUCUCCAUUAUAGUGGAUUAACAUACAUUUAUUGAUGUGAGCAUGCAUCCAAACACUUGGUGUAUAUUUUGUACACUGCAACUCCCCCAAUUUUACUUU